AUGUCUAGACAACAAAGCAGUAGACCUCACAAGCCAUUUGAAAGGCUUUCAGAAGUUGAAAAGGGAAUCUUAAUUGGACUUCAUAAAGAUGACAUGAAGAUUUUUGACAUUGCAAAGAAAAAGGGAAUAUCAAAAACUACUGUCACAUAUAUCAUAAAAAAAUACAACGAAACUGGAUCUGCUACUAAUAAGAAGCCAACAGAAAGACCUUCUAAAUUAACUGCUAGAGAUAAAAGACAUCUCUUCUUGGAUUUCAAAUGGGAUUGCCAUCAAAACUUGGUUGAGAUGGCAGACUUGAUUAAGAAAAAGGCUGAAAAAAAAGUCAGUAAAAAAACUAUCAACCAAAUGUUGCACAAGAUGAAUCUAGUCUACUGUGUAAUCAAAUCAAAGCCUCUUCUAACUAAAGAGUACAUUGCCAAACGUCGUGCUUGGUAUAGAAAAAUAAAAGAUUGGAAAAAACAGUAG